AUGAAUAUAAUUCGUUUUUUUUCAUUUUUAACUAUUUUCGGCUUACUCUUUUUAUCCACAACAGUUGUCUACGGUUCCGAAGAUCAACUUGACAAUGAUGUUGAAGUAGAUGAUGAGGACGAAUCUGUGUUACGUACAGAUGAAACUAUAAUACCUUCGGCUGAUAUUCUUGAAGGAAAAGAAGAUGAAGAUCCAAAUCGCAUUCCAUCAUCACCAGAUUUUCGUACUGUUAAUGUAUUUAUUCAACCAGCAACAUCAACCAAUGAAUUAGUUGCGGGUAAAUUAACUCGAUUACUUGUUGGUACACGUAAUAAUGGAACCCAAAAUUUUGUUGUUGAAUCUAUUGAUGGUUCAUUACGUUAUCCACAAGAUUUUACUUAUUAUAUUCAAAAUUUUACUUCAUUACGAUCGGAAAAAGUUCUUGAACCAGGUCUAGAAGCUACAUUCGAAUAUUUAUUUAUGCCAAGUGAAACAUUUAAUGGACGACCAAUGGGUUUAGUUGUUUUAAUUAAUUAUCGAAAUAAUGAAGGAAAACAUUUUCAAAAUGUUGUUUUUAAUCAAACAAUUAAUUUAACUGAUGCUGAAGAAGGAUUUGAUGGAGAAACAUUCUUUCUCUACAUAUUUCUUGCUGCAAUUUUCGUUCUUGCCGGAUUUUUAGUCUAUCAAUAUUUACUUUCACAUCGUGUUAAACGUAUAAGUGGUAAACAAGGUUCACAAAAUUUUCUUGGUAAUCAACAAACUAAAGGCAGUUAUGAUCCUGAUUGGAUUCCAAAACAUCAUCUUGCUCAAAAUCGUUCACCAAAGAAAAGUCUAAAUCAACGCAAAUCUCGUCAAUCAAAUAAUGAUGCCAAUGGAACAAAUGGUACAGGAGCUGUAUCAAGCGAAAAUGAUGAAUAA